ACCUCCCGGGAAAGAGUGCGAAAAAGAAGCGCGAGAUAGAAACAGUGGAGUCAGUUACAGAGAGCUCGAGCCGCGCCGUGCUGCGUUUAUUUAAUAACUAUUACACUAUUUAACGACGUAUUUAACUCAGCCACGUGAUUUACAGAUGGUUGAGAGUUAAACUCGUCGUGAAAUCGAGUUUCAACGGAAAACCGGAGGGAAAAAACCCCGCUCUGUUGCUUGGAGAUGUCUCGGUGGGCGCGAGCUGAGGACGCCGAGUGUCAGGACACUGACUCUGACGCGACUGACCCGAAGGACUGUGGGAAAGUCAAAGUAAAGUGGACGCAGGAUGAGGAUGAUAAUCUGCGAGCACUGGUUCAAAACCUAGGGACUAGUGACUGGAAAUACAUUGCAAGUUUACUACCAAACCGCUCAGAACAUCAGUGUCAGCACCGCUGGUACAAAGUUUUGGAUCCAGACCUCGUCAAAGGGCCUUGGACUAGAGAAGAAGAUGAAAAGGUGAUCGAGCUGGUGAAUAAAUACGGUAAUAAACAGUGGGCCGUGGUGGCCAAACACCUGAAGGGGAGACUGGGAAAGCAGUGCCGUGAGCGCUGGCACAACCAUCUCAACCCCGAUGUGAAGAAGUCCUCCUGGACCGCGGAGGAGGAUCUCGUCAUUUACAAAGCUCACUGCAUGCUGGGAAACCGUUGGGCUGAAAUUGCCAAACUGCUGCCUGGAAGGACCGAUAACGCCGUGAAGAACCACUGGAACUCUACUAUUAAGAGGAAGGUGGAGCUGGGGUACUACACGGGUGCGGACACGACUCUGCACUUUAUCCAGCAGCCUGAGGAAGGAGACGUCAGUGCUCAGCAGGACUCUGAACCACUGGAGGAUUUCGGCUACGCCGGAGAGCUGGAGGCUGCCACUGUAACGAUGGUCACACAGGAAUCUGUGGAUUUUGCACUUUGUGUGAACUCGGCUCCCUCCACCACGACGUCCCCUAAACCGCCUAAAGCUCCAGCGACGCCACCCAGUGACACAGAAAGCACAACAAACUCCAGUUGCCCUGCCUGGGGGAACGACAGCUCGGGCUUCCUGUCGCCUUCGGCCACGCCCGUGCUGAAGGAGGUGAUGGACAUGAUGGAAGGGGAUCUGGAGGGUUGGUGUAACCUGGCUGACUUUGACCUGGCAGAGGAGAGUCAGGGUCCUGAUGUGCUGCAGUUCCGGUUGGAGGGCAGCGCUCUACACGAGCUCAGUAAAGGGAGUAAAGGCGAGCUCAUCCCUAUCUCCCCCGGCGGAGCCACGCCACCGUCCAUCCUUAGCCGCCACACGCGCCGCCGCAUCGCCCUCUCCCCCGACGCCAACGACUCCAUGACCCCCAAGAGCACGCCAGUAAAGAUCCUGCCAUUCUCUCCAUCUCAGUUUCUCAACAUGUGGACCAAACAGGACACGCUCGAUUUGGAGAACCCGUCUCUCACGUCCACUCCAGUAUGCAGUCAGAAAGCUAUCGUCACUACGCCGCUGCACCGAGACAAAACUCCGCUCAUGCAGAAGGAGAGCUCUGUCUUCAUCACGCCCAACGACAAGGCGGAUCUGGACAGGACGCCUCGUACCCCGACCCCGUUUAAAAACGCCCUGGAGAAAUACGGGCCCAUACGACCUCUGCCUCCGACACCCAACCUGGAGGAGGACCUGAAGGAGGUUCUGCGCAGUGAAGCAGGGAUCGAGCUCAUCGUAAAGGAUGAGAGUCCGGCUGAAAAGAAACCCAAAGUGGCGCACCGGCCCCCCAUGAAGAAAGUGCGUAAAUCUCUUGCGCUGGACGUUAUAGACUGUAAGGAGUCUCGUCCUGCCCGACACCAGCACUACAAGCCUGCUGCCAAAUCCAGCAGAAAGGCGGAUCGACACCGAUUGCUCUCUUCCUUAAACUCGUCGUUUAUCGGGAAGAAGGAGGAGAACGUCCUCGACCAGGGUUUUAUUCUCGGGCCUAACGAAAGCGGACCUAUGGUGAAACAAGCUCCUCCGAACCCUAACUCCGUUCCACCUGUUCUGAUGUCUCCAGCAUGGGAAGCGGUGGUUUGUGGCCGGACUAGGGAUCAGCUGAUCAUGACGGAGAAGGCCAGACGCUACCUUCGCUCCCUGAAGUCGAACGCACACAGCCGAGCCCUCAUCCUGUCCUGACCUUCUGCACUUCUUCACCUUCUCUGAUUAUCGCUUUCUACGACAUUAAAACAUAUGGCAUUUUCUCCUGUUGUGAAUUAAGAUGUAAAAAGAUUUUGUUAAUAAUGUAAGAAAAAAGAAAAGAUCUUGGGAUAAUGAAAACUGCAUCUCAGCAGUCAGGAUAAAUCUUUAAAGGUGCUAUUGGUAUCUUGUCUCAGGUCUCAAGAGUUUAACAUAUAUUUGUGUUUUAGUUUGUUUAUAUUUCAGUUUCAUCCAAAUAGUAGGAAUGUCAGAGGAAAGGGUCUGCUUUUAUCUGGCACUGUUAAUUCCAGUAGAAAUCAGUUUGUUACAGUUCAGGUUUCGUUUUACAUUUACACUUUUCACGUCUGUAUUGUUGUUUUUUUUUGCCUCGAUCAAUGCAUAGUAAAGCAGCAUCGUGAAAACAGCUAGAUAUUUUUUUUUCUUAACAUGAUGUCCAUUUUCAUACAUAAUGCAUGAAAUAACUUGCUCAUGUACAUUGAGUUAAUUAAUGAUCUGGUUCAAUUUUGUAUAUGAUAUAACUGUUAAAUAAAAUAAUAAUGUUG